GUUACGGCUUGAUGCAUACAGCUCAUACUAUUCGAGUCUGCGACUAUGUCCGAACUACUCUCGGCGCUAGUAGCAGCUCCGAGUCGAAUUGGGAGUUGUAAGCGCCCGAGUGGCAUGGCAGUCUGCGCGCGGCUUCGUGGCGGUCAAACCGCCUAUCAGUCACUGGCCCUGGCGAUAGUAGAGAGAGUCACCGUCCUGACAGCUCUGACAGCUUUUCAUUCUAUCCGGCACACCUAAUCCGAAGCCGCAAUGGAGGAUUGUCCUGCAGAGAUUUGGGCUCGUAUAUUCUCUCUGGCAUGCACAGAUGGUGGUUACACAGGCCAAUCACUCUCGCAGGUUUCGAGAUACUUCCAUCAAACAUCGCGGCCCAUCCAACUGCAGAGCAUAUCUCUUUCAGGUGUUGGCCAGAUGUACGAGUUCCUCAACGUGCUGCAGAGCAGGCCACGAGAACUGCAGAUCGUGCUGCAUCUGUUCAUUUCUAGCCAGGACCUCCCCAGGAAGAGGCCCUACGUCGACACGGAAAGUCUCAAAUCCUUUUCACUUUGGGAGUUGGUCGACCACCUUGUUCACGACCUACACGAUUCUGACAAUGAACAUUACAUCAAAGAUGUGCUCGAACGCGCUGGAUAUCUCCAAACCAUCGAGAAAUCUCGGCUCAUUGGCGAACGUAGAUCUGCCUUUAGUCGCGUUCUUCUGCAUCUCCUGAAAAUCGUUGCUCCCCAUCUAAAGUCUUUCACGCUUUACUGUGCCGAGCUCACCCUGCACAGUGGGCUGUCCGUUAGAACCAAUUUUAACGGCAUCUCGUCGCAGGUCCGCACAUUGCCUUCGUUGACGCAUUUACGUAUCCUCGGCGACACCGACUGCUCCGAUCUGUUCCUGGGACGCGUGCCGUCCUUGACUCAUCUGCAAUUCACCGGUAUCACCCACCUUCCCUUUCGGACACGCGAUGCGAUAUUUGCUUCGAUCAAACCUUCGUCAAUUUCUACGGAACCGCAGGAAACGACAGCAGGGUUUCCACCCCUCGAUCGAGUUAUAAUGCGUCUCAACAACCUUUCUCGAGGAGGGCUCGCGUGCAGCAGCACUGUGUCAAGCUUUGAGAAAAUAGCCCGCACGAACGAGAAGUUUGUGCUGCUGAAGCCUUUCCACGAGAGCAAGUGGGUCCAAGCAGUGGGGUUUAUUAGGCCAUCACGAGGAACGGAGGAUGAGACGUGGUUCAGUUACGGGAUUCAGAAAGCCAAGGAAGAGUGGUUAGACAGGAUCGCGGGAUACGAUGGAUGUUGGGAAGUUGGUUCAAUGGGUGCGAAAACACGGAAAGAGAUGGUUUCUCGCCGUCUUCAUAUGGUGUGAACCAUAUGUUGGGAAUCAGCUUGCAAUGUGAAGGAGUGCGAUCAUGUGGGCUGCAGCAGACCUUAUAAACCAGUAUAUUUUAUAUGUCGGACUAACGAAACUUCUACACACAGCGAUGCUACAUUACAGAGGUGUUUCAUAGUCCUUCCGUCAAUUACGG